AUGGCUACAGAUUGGAACAAACUCAAGGUCGUCGACCUAAAAUCGGAAUUGAAGCGCCUAGGCCUACCGCAAAAUGGUCUUAAGGCGGACUUGGUAGCACGCCUAGAAGCUGCUGAUUCCGAAAGAGCUGCUUCCCAAUCUUCAGAUGAAGCCCCUGAAGAGCCCGAGGUUAUUAAUGGGGAGUCACAACUGGUGGAGAUAGCCCCUGAAGCAACGGAAACUCCAGAAGUAACGGAAGCUCCAAAAGUUUCCGAGUCAAGUCCUCCUGAUGAAUCUCCUAAGCAGUCCGAAGCCGAAGCUGAAGCUGAAGCUGUACCAGCACAGGAAGUAUCCGCACCCGCCGUUAUUGAGACGCAAGCCGCUCUAGAAUCAUCGGCCAGCGAGACGCCGCUACAAAUUACCGAACUAAUACAGGAUUCACAAAAGCGAAAGCGAAGAUCUCUAAGCCCUGCGCCAUCCGCCGACGGAGUAGCACAUAAGAGAGCUAGACAAGAGAGUCGAGAUAGCCAGGAGGAUCGCGUCGCAAGCUCGACCGAAGAGAAAAUUGAUGCAGUGGUAGAACCUCAAGAAGAAAAGAAGGAGAGCGUAAUCCAGACUCCCCCCGAUAUCGAGAUGGAGGGCGCUCAGGAUGAAGCGCCAAUCGAGCGCGAACACAGCAACGGUGUCGUUCAUUCAACACCGGCAGAUGAUACUAACCCCGACGUUCAAAAUGGACAUGCUGUAGAAGUGGUAACGAAUAAGACUCAGGCAACCUUGGAAGAAACCCCCGAAGAUGAGCCUUCUCGAGAACAACCUUACACCGCACACCCGGCUGAGAUAGAACGAGACGUAGAGCCGUCCAUCCACCCCGCGACCUCUGCACUGUACAUUAAGAACUUUAUGAGACCUCUUCGACCGCAGACAGUCAAGGACCACCUGCUAGACCUCGCUACGCCGAUGGGUGCUCCCAUCGAAGAAGGUACUAUUGUUGACUUUUACCUUGACACUAUCCGAACACAUGCGUUUGUAGUGUUCAACACCAUCUCAUCUGCCUCAAGGGUACGUACCGCACUUCACAACCGCGUCUGGCCCGACGAAACCAACCGCAAGGCUUUGUGGGUUGACUUCAUUCCGUCAGAGCGCUUCACGGAGUGGGUUGAUAUGGAGCAGACAUCUACCGGAGGGCGCGGUUCGACCAAUCGCUACGAGGUCAUGUACGACAACGAUGAAGACGGUAACGUAAUUGUUAAACUUGAAGAAUUCGACGGCGCCGGCCCUACUACAAAACAAGCACCUCUAGCACCAGAACCUCAGCCCGAGCGCAAACUUUCCAUCCCCACCGGCCCUUCCCGACCAUUCCCGGGUGUUGAAGGCGCGCCCACAGGCCCACGCAAUUUCAACUCAACCCGUGCGCCCGCAUCGCACCCGAGCAGAGCGGGAAGACUAGAACAGCCCGGUCAAUCGACGAACGCGCGCCCUAGCGUUACAUACCAGCCCGCUCCAGACGAUCUGGUCAAACGACGACUUGACACGAUCGCAGCAGCCAAGACCAAGGAUUUCGAUCGAGACUUCGGCAAGGAGUACAAGCGUUACUAUUUCGAGAACGGCGAAACACUCGUCGACAGAGGCCCAGAGAUUUUCCUUGGCAUCCGCCCGCCGCACAGGGAGCGCCAGCGCGAGCGCGAGCAGAGACGCGAGCCAGGACGGGAGCCGGCACGUGAACCAGUUCGCGAACCAGCCCGCGAACCCGGACGUGGUCGUCGAGGCGGUGGCAGACGACGUGGCGGCAUGCCCAUCUUCCACGGCGUCCCUCGAGGCGGCGACCGGUUCCGACCCGGAGAUUCCUCAGCAUCCGGCCCUAACGGACGCUCGCGAUACCCCGACGAUAGAGGGAGCCGUCGCGACGGUCACGGCCAUGGCCGAGAUAGGCCAAAUCGACGAGAUAGCUACAGUCGUUACUAA